AUGGAAUACAAAGCUUGGUGGGCAAUCAAGAAGCUCAACAUGUAUUUGAGCAGAGCUGGCAUGAAGAGGUUCUUAGAACUUAAUGAGAUGGAGGAACUAAGAAAUGACGCCUACAAUAAUUCAAAUAUUGCAAAACAAAGAUUGAAGAGGUGGCAUAAUCAGUUAGUCUCUCGCAAAGAAUUCCAGAAGGGACAAAGAGUCUUGUUGUAUGACUCUAAUCUCCACAUCUUCCCGGGAAAGCUGAAGUCAAGGUGGAUAGGUCCUUUUACUAUUCAACAAGUGCAUUCAAACGGAGUAGUGGAACUACUCAAUUCCAACAGCACCACGAGUUUCAAAGUUAAUGGCCAUCGUCUCAAGCCAUUCGUGGAGCCUUUUUCUCUAGACAAGGAGGAAAUCAUCCUCCUUGAGCCACAUCAAGCUUAA